AGUGUCUCUCACGGCACGGAUCGCGCCGGACGCCGUGUAACAGGAAGCACAACAGCCAACUGAUACCCCUUAAUUAAGACUAAGUCGUUUAUUGUGUGCCCGAGGUGAAAAGCGACCACCGAACACUUCAGCGAGGCAGCUUCAAGACACCGCGGCGGGCAAGGAUGAGAAGAUGAUGAGAUAUAUGACUGCUGAGAUUACAGUGGAAACAAAACAAUCCACGAGAAAGGAACCAAAAAGCCACUAAUGAAUUUUAUUAGAUAAAAAAUCAGGAAAAAGAUGAAAUAAAUAAACAUUGCAUAAAUUUACCUGCCACGAAGAAAAAUUAAAAAGUAAAGCAAAACAGCAAAGGAGCAAUCUAUGAAAUUAAGAUAUACUUGACAAAUCUCUCUCUCUCUCUCUCUCUCUCUCUCUCUCUCUCUCUUUCGGUGUAAAAAAUACCUCACACUCCUCUGUACUGUACUCAGAGGAGGUGUUGAGUUCUAAAGAAGAAAGAAGAUCAGCGGCGAGAAGUGAACAUGAGUGGCAAUGAACGACGCUCCGGAGGGACAAACACGUGAAGUGGGAAGAAAAUGGGAGAGAAAUCAUGAAAUAUGAGAAAACACGCUUACGAAGAUUAAGUAAAAUAAAAUUUGUAGAGAACUAGUAAUACGAAGCAAAGACAUCUAAUGAAUGGUGAUGGAGAAAGCGUCUGUACGCAGUACUCUCAUUUGGAAAGACAGGAAGGGAGGAAAGACACACUAAGACAAUGAACUGUGUGGCAGAGUGAGCUGUAAGGUGAUGUGUGUGCUGGGAGGAGGCCACACGGGGCCCACGGACGGCCGCUGACCGAGACAAGAACAUUCGCGGCAUGGUGGAGGGACUCUCGUCCACGGAGACACUGAGGGAGGCGCGGGAGGAGGCGGGGACUGAUGGCGUGGAGGCAUGGGAGGUUUGGAGCACGCUGUCCUCCCCAAAGCUAACGGAGGAGUUAGAUUUGGAAGAAAGUUUCCUGUUGGGACUGAACCUGACAGAGGCCGCGGCGGUAGCAGCGGGCGGGGUGAGUGUGCUGGCAGAGGAGCAGUGCGAUGCCCUCCGCCGGCUCAACCAUUCGCUGCCCAACACCACCGCAUGCCUGGGUCACGCGCCGCAGUUCACUCCGGAGUCCCAGGUGCGGACCAUUGUGCUGGCCGUGAUGGCGGUGCUCUCCUUGGUGGGCAACACGGCAACCAUCGUCAGCAUAGCGAGGGAGAAGAGACGCUCUCGCUCCACUGUGUAUACGCUUAUCCACCACCUGUCCGUAGCUGACCUCUUCGUUACCUUCGCCUGUCUCACCACCGAGGCCGUGUGGACCUUCACAGUGCAGUGGUUCGCUGGGAACUUUCUCUGCAAGUUCAUAAAGUACAUGCAGAUGUUCAGUCUAUACCUGUCCACCUUCAUUUUGGUGUUGAUUGGCGUUGACAGGUUCACGGCAGUGCGCUAUCCAAUGCGCCGCUCAGACACCCAGCGGCACUGCAGCUACAGCAUCAUCUUCGUGUGGGUGCUGAGCGGCAUUCUCAGUAUCCCGCAGGUGCUGGUGUUCCAUGUGGUGCGCGGUCCCUUCAUUGAGGACUUCUACCAGUGCGUCACGUACGGCCUCUAUUCGCCGGCGUGGUUGGAGAAACUGUAUGCGGUGUUCAGUCUUGUCUGUAUGUUUGUGCUGCCCUUGCUCAUCCUCCUCCUCACUUACAUCUCAACCUUCGUCACACUGCAUAAGAGCGAGAAAGUGUUCCGCAGUGAGCGCACCACCUUGGGGAACACCUGCCCGGAGUUCAACAGGCGGCGGCUCCUGAGGAAGGCCAAGAUGCGCGCCCUCCGUAUCUCCGUGGUCAUCGUGCUGGCCUUCGUCAUCUGCUGGACUCCCUACUACAUGAUGAUGAUUAUCUUCCUCUUCACCACCGUGGAGGACAAUGUGGCAGCGGAACUACAAUCGGGCAUAUUUUUCUUCGGGAUGUCCAACAGUCUCGUCAACCCGAUCAUUUACGGCGCCUUCCACCUGUGUCACUGCCACAAACGGAGGACGUCUUUCAACCUUAUAGUAAUCAACAGAACGGGCUCCAACCUGCAGUACCGGGCCAGCACCCGCGCCAGCUCCCGCUUCACCACCUACAGGAGCUCCGGGGCUGACCUCGACACUUCGGUGGUUAACGUGUUUGAGGACGGGCAGGUCCGCUACUCGUUCCGGCGACGCUCCAGCCGCCAGAAGAGCAUCUUGGCAGCGUCCACAAGGAGGCCGCACGAAGAAGGAGGCGGACGCGACCAAUUCUUGAGACCCUCUGUGCGGUACGGCAGGAGGCUCAAACCGGUGGGAAGAACGCACGCUGGGUCAUACGAUCCCUCCCCCACCAGCCUCUCCCCUCUGGCUUGCCUUGGGGAGAAGCGCGAGAACGAUGACGAGGAGGACGACGACGAGGAGAGGGAGGAGACACUGUCCGCGGGGAGUAUGGAGGAGGAGAGGAAAAGGAAACGCAAGCAUCACAUCCUUGAGGUAAGCAGCAACGGCAGGAAGGCGGCAGACGACUCCUGGUCUCCCAACGACAGCCCCAAACAAAGGAAUAAGCGUGCUCUUCCUCAAAUCACACGGUCAGUCACAAGGUCACGCCAGUCCUUGCCGCACGAGGAUGGCAUUCUGGUCACCACGUCACUCAAGGACCUCCAGUCACACCAAUACAACGGAAUCUCUCUCCUCCAGACACCAGGCAACAACUGCGAGUUAGACACACAGCUCUAAGGACGAGGAAAAAGAAGAAAAGGAGGACUGCAGGGAACACUCACCAAAGAACACCUAUGACAAACAAGGCUUUUUGUUCGCUUUGAGCAUCUAGAGAGAGAGAGGAAGAGGAGGAGGAGAUAUAAAGGGAGGAAAAAUGGGACAAAAAGAAGUGGAAAAUUAGGAGGAGGAGGA